GACCUAGAAGAGAAGUUGAAAAGUAUACACCCCUCUUCCAUUCCAUUUUGUGUUUUUCAGACUUGGAUUUUCCAGUUGUGAAUUAAGAGGAUUGACAAUGUGGUCUUUUAUAAGUGGCCUCAUUAGAUGUGGUAUUGGGUCAAUACAAGAUGUGAUUGCUGCUGUUUUAAGGUUUUUCUUUGGAAAGAAAAGAGCCCCAAUAACCCUUGCGGAUCCAAAUGUGAAGUACAGCUUGAAGUUGAUUGAUAAAGAGAUUAUAAGUCAUGAUACAAGAAGAUUCCGAUUUGCACUGGAGUCCCCUCAACAUGUUCUGGGGCUUCCCAUUGGACAGCACAUUUACCUGUCUGCCAGGAUAAAUGGGGAUCUUGUUGUGAGACCCUACACCCCAGUGUCAAGUGAUGAUGACAAGGGAUACGUGGACCUUGUUGUGAAGAUUUAUUACAAAAACGUCCAUCCAAAGUUUCCUGAGGGAGGGAAAAUGUCCCAAUACCUGGAAAGCCUUCGUAUUGGAGACGCCAUUGACUUCAGGGGACCGAGCGGGCUGCUUGUGUACCAGGGGAAAGGGAAGUUUGCCAUUCGUCUUGAUAAAAAAUCUGAUCCCGUAAUCAGUACUGCCAAACAAAUCGGAAUGAUAGCUGGUGGGACUGGGAUUACACCCAUGCUGCAGAUAAUCCGGGCAAUUAUGAAAGACCCAGAGGACAAAACUGUCUGUUACUUGUUGUUUGCAAACCAGACAGAGAAGGAUAUCUUGCUGCAGCCAGAGCUGGAGGAGAUCACAGUAAAAUAUCCAUCACGAUUUCAUUUGUGGUACACCCUGGACCGAGCUCCUGCGGACUGGGAGUACAGCCAAGGUUUCAUCAAUGAAAACAUGAUCAAAGAUCAAAUGCCACCACCCGGAGAUAACACCCUUAUCCUGUUGUGCGGGCCUCUUCCAAUGAUUCAGUUUGCUUGCCUUCCUAACCUUGAGAAACUAAACUAUAAAAACAGGAUCUUUACAUUUUAAUUUCCAUUAGUACUUAAAGCAGGUUUUUACAUAAUUCAGCAGGACAGGAAUGUAACUCUGCUAUACUACUAAUGGAAUGUAACUCUUGAUAUGCUUGGUGUGAACGAGAGCUAAUAUAUACUGUGCUUAAAAAUGCAAUGCAGUAUUGACAUGCAACACACACACACAUAAUGCAACUCUCAGUGUGAUGUGUUUUUUUUUUUUUGCUAUGCAGUUAUUUUAAGAAGCUACAGUGACAUGACUCCCUUUACCUUUGUAAGCGAGAGUUAAUGCAUAGACACCCAGAAUGACAUUGAUUGAAUGACUUCCUAAACAUUUGUCAGUAUUAUGUCUGGUUUCUCUGGUUAGUUUUAGUGUUACUGCAUACAGUUUUAUUAUGUUCCUAUAUUAGUAAUAAGUACAGAAAAGCUUAGUUCCUUGUAGUCAGCGUUUAAAAAGAGAAUAACCGAUAUAUGGUUUAUCAGAGUUAUAAAAAUACGACUCUAGGUAGUAUCUUGCCCUUAUGAAGAAAAACAGAAUGAUGUGUUUAUUUAAAUUGAUUACCUUUGUUUGAAAGCUUAUCUGGUGUCUGAAUCAUUCACAUUAGUUAAAAUUAAAUCAUUUGUGACAUUUGACCACAGAAAAUAAACUGAGGCACCAAAAUAACUCAUGUUUUCUUUAAUGCAUGUUUCCUGAUAAUGACGUACACAAUUGCAAAGCCCUUUUUCUUGUUUUAAUAAAAAUGAAAAUUGUUAGUAGUGCUAACAGAUCAAUAAUAAAGAGUUUGAUGUUAGCCUAGUAAAGGUAAGUGGCAAGUUUAUUUUUAAACAGAUUAGAGUAGUGAUUUCCCCAAACAUGCCAAUUCUAAAAAAAAGAAAAAAGCACAGGCCCUCGUCAUGUGACUUUCCCUACCUAAAUUGGAAUAGUGAUACAUUCCUCAGAGUAUAUGGAAAAAAAGCAAGAAGAUAUUUUCAAUGGGUACAGUGCCAGCUGUCAUCUUUUAAACACACCUGUUUACACACAUUAUUUUGAUCCACUAGUUUCAGCUGUGUGGAUGGUAAAGCCAUUUGAACCUGCUCAAAAACCACAUUGGAAACAACAUUUUCCAGUUAUAAACACAUUUAAGAUCGCAGUAUAUUUAAGCUUGCACUAUUCAGCAGCAGUACAAUGUGUAUGGUCUUUUACGAUCAAGUAGCAGAAAGCUCCAGAUCGUUCUGCAUUUUCAGUUAACACCAUUUGCAUGUUACCAAGCAGAAAGCGAUAUUGCUUAUGCUUUUGUAUGCAUGCCACAGUAAGCCUCUUAUGUAGUACAAAUAUUAUGUCAAACAGUAAUUGUACAUCACAGCUUAACUUGCUUCAGGGAGCACAUUUAUUUGCAACAUAGUAUUGGUAUUCUUUUAAUAUAUGUUUGCUAAGCAUCCAAAAUGCAAUAUAGUGCAAGUAUUACUAUGUAAUAAUGUGGCUUAUUAUUACAAUGCAUGUAACAUUCUUAAGAUCGUAAGUCAAAACUUUGGGAAUUUUAAUUUAAGUUUUAGUUGCAAAUGAUCUGUUUGUAGCCUUUGCUGUAAAUGUUAAAUUUCAGAAAUAUUACUGCAGAAUUUUAUUAAGUGUUAAAUGCAAUCUGCGUUUACAGGCUUGGUAAUGUCAGUUGACCUCUAUUGAGCUGAACAGCUGGCCACCUUGUAACCUGCCCAACCAUUAAGCAAAUAAAGCAAUUUGCCUUGUUA